UGUUCUCAGGUUCCAGCGUUGCUGCAACUCUCAGCAGCAGAUAAUAAGCUUAGCCAUCCUAGCUGGCCUACACCAGGACACAGGGGUCAAUUCCUGGAUUAUCACAUCUCACUGGAGACUUAGCCAUCGCAAUCCCUCUCGUUUGUGAGUUUUUCAUGUGUAAAUCUUUUUUUUCUGAGCAGUUUUUGAAUGCAAUUAUCUUUUAUAAGUGGUUUUAGAUGCACUGAACGUCUAGUAGCUGUUUGCUGCCUGAAAACAGGAGGAUAAGAGCAGCGAUGGUAAUACCUGGCCUUCAAACGAUCAGGAGAAGUUGAAGAUGGAGAGGGGAGUUUAGAUCGGGUAGACCCUCAAGCUUCCAGACAGCAGGACAGGGGGUUCAAACCCUGUCCACCUGAACCAACAUCCUCAUGCCGCUCUCUAACUCGAAGGUUGCUGAUGAUGGAUCUUCAGCACAGCCUCAGCGAGAGGGGCAAGCCAUGGUGGACUCCCUUACAAAGGUGGUGGCAUGUUACCGGCACCUGGCCUCCUGCAUCGGUGGCUCAACAGACAGUACAAGCCUGCGACAGGAGCUUCGUCAAACCCGAGAGCAUGCUCAGACCCUCGCAGUGUCCUGCCGAAACCACCUAACAGCCCGACUGAGGGAUAAAACUCUGUCUGAAGAGGACAGGAAGGAGACAGAGCUGCAGUGGGUGGCCUUCUCCUCCUGCCUGGAGCUCUUCCAUGCUGACAUGUGCAAGGUCUACCACAUGGGCAGCUGUUUCUCUGUGGCCAAAAAGAGUGCCAUGGUGCAGACAGGCCUGCAAGGAGGUGCCACUGAAGUAGCAGCCCGUGCCCUGAGCAUGCCCAACCUGCAGGAGCAGAAUGGUGAGCAGACUGCUAGCAUGGAGGGCCUGGACCAGAGCCAGCUGGAGCAGGAGAUUGCGCAGGUGGACCGCACUCUGGAGGACAUGGAGAUGAAGGUCAACGUGCUGCGCUGGACGGUGGAGGCCAAAGGGCCUCAGUACGCAGAUCCAGUCAGUGUUGACAGUGCGUCCCUGGCACUCCUGUCGGGUGAUGAGGAGGGGGGAUUUUGUGACCGCAGUCAGAUGUUCGUGCUGCUGAUGCUGUGCGGUGUUGCCCUGGUUGCUGUGGUGCUCUCGGUGUGUGUAGUUUACCUGGCCUGAAGAGCAGUCAAGAGAAAGACCAUAUGUGUACGUUGCUUGGAGAGGCUGGUGAUGCCUUUUCCCCAGGCCUCUUUAAACUUUACCUCAGAGGAUUGUUUCUUUAAGGAGAUGAUCAGCACCAACAGUUCUUAAAGUUGGAGGAACACUCAUGUCUACAUGAUACAUGAUCUAUAGCUCUGGAAAAAAAUAAGAGACCACUUCAGUUUCUGAAUUAUCUGAUUAUGCUAUGUAUAGGUAUAUGUUUUAGUAAAAUGAAAAUUGUUGUUUUAUUCUAUAAACUACAGACAUUUCUCCCAAGUUCCAAAUAUAAAUAUUGUAAUUUAGAGCAUUUAUUUGGAGAAAAUGAGAAAUGGCUGAAAUAACAAUAAAGAUGCAGAGCUUUCAGACCUCAAAUAAUGCAAAGAAAACAAGUUUUAAAAGUUCAGAGAUCAAUAGUUGGUGGAACAAUUCUGGUUUUCAAUUACAGUUUUCAUGCAUCUUGGCAUGUUCUCCUCCACCAGUCUUACACACUGCUUUUGGAUAACUUUAUGCCUUUACUCCUGGUGCAAAAAUUCAAGCAGUUCAGCUUGGUUUGACGGGUUUUGAUCAUCCAUCUUCCUCUUGAUUAUAUUCCAGAGGUUUUCAAUUUGGUAAAAUCAAAGAAACUUAUAAGUUUUAAGUGGUCUCUUAUUUUUUUUCCAGAGCUGUAAAUACAAUAUGAUGACAUAUUGGGCAGUUUCUUUUAAAGGCAUUAGCAUGGAGACUUACCCUCUGCGACAUUUAAAAAGGACCUCUAAAGGAAUUCUGUACAGACUGAUAUCUGUAUUUUUACCUUGUAUGUGUCUGCUUAUAUUGUUACAUGAACAUUUAUCAAAUGACGAACUUUAAAGUAAAAGUACAUGGGUUAGAAAUAUAAAUAUUUAGAGUAAUUAAGUAUAUUGAAUGAAAUCCAGAUACACUAGAUGUCAAAAUGUUUGUGAACAACACUUAAAUAUAAAAAAAUGAAUGGAUUAAAUUAAUUUACCCAUGGCUGUCAAAGAUGUGCAAAUGCACACACACACAGCGUGUCUACUCCCUGUAGAGAAGUACUACUAAUAGAAUAGGGCUCUCUGGAGCAGAUAAAUAUGAACCUAUAGGCACCAUUCUUUUUUUUCCAAGGUGUGGGCUACAGCUGCUGUGUAUUGAGCUGUGGAGAAGUUUAACAGUGUUCUCUGUGAUGAUGGUGCUCCAUCCAGUACUCACAGCAAUAUUUUAAAAUCAAUUACAAAGUCAAAGCUGUCCCUGAACAGAAGAGACAGUACUACCCAUGAUUUUUAGAAGAAACACUAAAAGCGAAAGUGUUCCAAUACUUUUGUCUAUAUAACGUAUUUAGUGUAUUAGUGCACUAGUCAAGCAUCACCUAUCUAUUAUGCUUUUCUUAUUCUGGCUUAAAAUAUUAUUUCAUUGGUUUGAUGCGAUACCAUAUUUAUUACUGACACUAGACUGAUUCUGAUCAUUUUAAAGUAACAAUCUGCCAAUUCUGAUAUGAUUUUAAUAUCACUGUGCCUCCCUAGCAAUAAGGUACAAAGUAAGAAAUGUGAUCAGAAGGUGCUGGGCGACUGCAGCAGCUUUACAAAAGCUCUAGUGGAACCAACACAAGAGGCCAUUUAAAAAAAUAUGAAUAAAAGUUUGCUACAACUUUUAACUGGUGAUGGACAAAAGAAAAGAAAAUAAAACAUGUAAUUUUCAGUUGCCAUUAACAUUAAAGACUUGUCUGAGAAGAUCUGUAAUAUCCUUUUAUAUAUUUUUCUUUAAUUAAUGUUUUUGAACAAUUCUGCUUCUGUUGAGUCAAAUAACCCCUUUUUAGUUGUAUAGAGCUUUCUCUUGUAUAUUCUAAUCAUGUCCCAACAUAGGUCAGAGUUAAGGCUACUAUUGUUUUCAGCAAAAUUAUUACCUUAAACUUACUCAUGAACUUGUUUUUAAUUUCAAAUGUAUUGCUGACUACAAUCCCAAAGACCUACUUAAUAUGCUUGUGUGUAUUUUACUGCAUACUGUAUGUUGCCCUUAAAACGUUAUAUCAUGGAAUUCAUAUUUUCCCCUUCCCUUCAUACUAACACACAUUGAAUACAAUAACUCAUACUGCAAUUCAUCUGCACCCAAUAAAGAAAACAAACAUGUAUAUUCCUUAUUUCCUUCUGUGCAGUCUGUAUUUAUGCUUAUUUUUAA